AUGAACCCACUUUGGCAACAGAAGAAGUUAAGAGAGUUUUGUGAGAAAAAUGGUGUUCAUAUCACAGCUUACUCUCCUUUGGGCGCCAAGGGAACAAUUUGGGGAAGUAACCACGUCAUGGAAUGUGAGGUGCUAGAGGAAAAUCUGUUGCCCAGAGAGGAGGGGGUGAGGAAGAAGGAAGUGGAGGGUUUGAUUUAUGCUUACAAGGCUGGACUUGAAUUGUCUCUGUAUUUGGAUGUGAUUUCCGCUGGUGCUACUAGUUCGAAAUCGGUUGAUUUGUAUGGGACUAGGAUUUCGAAUAGAGAUUUUGAAGCUGGGUUUUUUGUGAAAGAUUUGGGGAUUUGUUUGAAGCAGUGUCAGAAUAUGGGCUUUGCUUUGCCUGGAUUGGGAUUAGCUCAACAACUUUAUCUUUCUCUCAAGGCUUAUGGAGAAGGUGAUUUGGGCACCCAAGCACUUAUUUUGGCUCUUGAGCGGCUCAACGAUGUCUCGCUAGCGAAGCUAUUCUUCAAGAAGCUUCAAGGAACACACAAAUGGGUGUUUGUGUGA